AUGGAUAUCACUUUGAAUUUUAAAGAUCCUCAAGAAGAAAAUAAUUAUGGACUUUAUUCCCAUAAAAUAGACUUUAAUUUAUUUAAAAGGCUACUCUACAGUAUGUUACUUGGGUCUUUUUCAGGUUCUAUCUAUUUUCUAAUUAUUGGCAAUUAUUUAUAUAUUACUUUGGGUAGCUAUAUGUUUGUUUAGACAAUAAUUGCAAUUUUGCUUUCCAAAAAAUCAAUUUAAUAUCUUAAUAUAGUGGCACUUAUAUAUCAGAUAGAAAUUUAAACACUGCUUGCUACUCUGAUUACUUUAUUAGACAACUCUUUGCAUCGAGGAACAAUUAUGAUGAUAACCAGUGCUGCAUUUCAAAUGUCAGUGUGGUAAAUUUAAUAUAUAAAAGUCUUUAGCUUAUCCAUAGGUACGAAAUGCACUUUGAAACUUUUAGUGAGUCUUUAUUCAACUAUAAUUUAAUUAACACUAAGCUUAUUAAGUGAAACUGUUAGUCUCGUUUGGAUUGGAUUUGCAUUCUUCUCACUUAUGUUUGCCUUUCAAGUGACAUAUUAUUAAGAAUUUGAAAAAAGGUAAAAGUAUACACUUCACCAAAAUGCUCAAAAAAUUAAAGAGAAUUUGAUAAAUCAAAUUGAAAUUCCCAUUCUUAAAUGUUUCAGUAAUGAAAAUGAUAUAAGAUUGAUCUACUCUGAAUCAAAUAAAUGUGCUAAAUCAACUCUUAAAAUUAAUGAUUAAAGUAGUUUUAUAAGAUUUACUAGAGAUGUAAUUAUCUUAGAAGGUAAAACUACUUCAAUAUUGACUAAAUAAUCUUCUAUUUUGUAAUUUUAAGGAAAAUAGAAUCUUGAACAAUUAAUUCAUAAAUUUUUUAAAAAAAAGGUUGGAGAAGAUUCUAUGCUUCAUAAAACUUUUUAAGCGUAUAGAUGUAGGGUUAAACAUUUAUCUUAAGAAUAUUUUUGUCAACUUAUUUUGUUACAUGAAGAUUAACCAUUAUGUGUCAUAUAUCUUUAAAAAACCUAUGAUGAUUUUAUUAUCAAGACUAAUGAAAAAAUGAUUAUUUUUAAUCAAUUAUUAAAACGGUGUGUUAAAGAAAGUUUUUAAAAAAUUAAUGCUUAAUAAGAAUGUAUUUCACUUUUAUAUCAAAAUUUUAAGUAAAAUAAUUUAGUUGAUAUGAUUAAUAAAUUAGCUUAAGAACUUUUUUAACUAAAUAUUUACUUUGCUAAUUGCAAAAUCUUAUUUAAUUCUUAACAUUUUCACUUUUAAACUAAAAAAUCACAUAAUUUAGUUGUCUUAAUUUAAUAAAUUGUAUUUCAUUUCAAAUACUCUCUAUCAUCUAGGUCAAUUUCAGUAACUCUUAAAGCAAAAUCAAAUAUUAUCGUUUAAGAAAAUGAAAUACUUCUUAGACAAUUACUUUAUAAUAUAAUUGAAAAUGCUAUUUAAUUUGCUUAAGACAUAAUUAAAAUUGAAAUUAAUUCACAAUAUAAUAAUAAUGUUCAACAUUACAUUAUUGAAAUUAAAUUUACUAAUUCUAUAGAUAAAAACUAUCUAAAAUAUAAUAAUGAAAAUAAAGAAUUAAGAAUGGGACAUCUGGUUAUAAAUAAAAUUUUAAAAUUGAUAAGUCCCUACUCUUCAUUUUUCACAUAAUAGGAUGAAAGUGUUUAUUGUAUAAGGUUUUAUUUGUUUCAAUAACUUUGA